AUGAGUGAACAUUCAUCUGGGGUAUCAAGAAAGCUGUUUUGUAAUUCUGAUAAAUUAUUUUAUGACAAUUUUAGGAAUUUGGAUGAUCGUCUUAAUUUGAAUAAUAAUUUUAAUGAAAAUAGAUAUGAAGAAAUAUACAAUAAAAAAUAUUUGAGAAAUAAUCGGAGAUUUAAAACGGAGCCUCCGAAACAUUUAUAUGAAAAUGAAAGUGAACAAUCUUAUUCUUCACUUUUUCAUAACAUACUUAGAAGUAUAUCAAAGAAUAUAAGAAAUGAUGAAAAAGAGGAAUCCAGCGAUAAUAAUAAUUGUGAUGAUGAUAAUGAUAAUAAUAAUGAUGAUGAUGAUAAUAAUAAUCAAAGUGACUCCAUUCCUAAUAAUUCUGAAAAUUUUAAUUAUGAUGAUAAUUCAUGCUGUGAAAUAAGCCCUUAUGAUGAAAUCUCCAAAAAAACGAAAAGGGUUCAUAACAAAAUACAUAAAAACGAAGAUGGAGAAUAUUACAAAAAUGUUUUAUAUAAUAAUAACAAUUUAUCCAAAGAAAACCAAAUUAAUAAUAUAUGUUCAUCAAUAAAUAAAACCCAAAGAACAUUAAAAAGAAUAGAUACUAAUAUAAAUGAGACAUUAAAUAAUGUGAAAUAUAUAAAAAUGGUUAAUAGUGAUAUUAUAUCAGAUGUCUUUUUAAAAAAUAAUGUUAAAAGUUUAAUUGUUUAUGACACAGGUGGUAUAGACAUUGAGCUGAUAGAAAAUGAAAAUCCAGAAUUUCUUUAUCAUACAUAUACAGGUAAUAGAAUAUCAAAUAUUUAUUAUGAAUAUGAUGAUUGUAUAAAAAAUAAAGACACAUAUAAAAAUGAGGAAAAAAAAAAAAAAAAAAAUACAUUUAAUUCGUCCUUAUUAUAUAGAGAAAAUUAUAUAUUUAAAAAGGAACAUGAGUUAAAUUAUUGUUAUAAAAAUAAAGAUGAUAAUAAAAAAAAAAUAAAAAACAAUCCUUCAGAAAAAAAUCAAAUUAUGAAUUAUUCUAGUGAUAUAUGUAGUAACAGUGAUAGUAAAAAACUCUUUACAAAAAAUAAAAAACAAGAAAAUGUUAUAAAUAAAAAUAUAUAUUAUAAUAAUCCUAGUGAUUAUAAUAUUUUGAAUAAUGAAGUAAAUUAUAACAAAAACACUGUACACAAUACAAAUUUGUCUAAAGAUACAUGUGAGCAUACAUAUAAAAAUGUUUCUAAUAAAUAUGAUAUACAAGAUCAUAAUACAAAUUCUUCUGCAGAAAAAUAUUAUAAUAUGAACUAUAAAAGUUCUUUGUUAAAUAAAAAUGAUAAAUAUAUAGAAAAUACAUCAUCUGAACGUAAUAAAGGUUACCGUUCCUAUUCAUCUAUGUCAAGUAUGCUUUCCUUAAAUGCUUAUGAAAAAGAAAAUAGAAAAAAAUAUUAUUACAUAGGAGAGACAAUUAAUAAUAUAAGAAAUGGAUGGGGUAUGCUUAUAUAUAAUGAUAGAGUUAUAUUUGAAGGCGAGUAUAAAAUGAAUAACGCCAUAGGAUACUUUAUAAAAUAUAAUGAAUAUUCGACAGAGAUAGGAUAUCGAAGUCCGAUAAGCGUAAAGUCUGUAAUUAUUAUGAGUGAUAAUGAUAAUUUCAUUGUACAAAAUAGAUCGGAAAAUUUGGAUACAUCAAAAAAUAAGGAGCAGAAAAGUGGUAAUAAUAGUUGGAAUGUUUAUAAAUAUGAUAAUGACAAUAGUGAUCAUAAUGAUGAUAGUGAUGAUAAUGGUGAUAGUGAUGAUAAUGGUGAUAGUGAUUAUAAUAAUGAAAAUAUUUAUAAUAAUGAAAAUAUUUUAAAUAAUGAAAAUAUUUAUAAUAAUGAAAAUAUUUUAAAUAAUGAAAAUAUUUUAAAUAAUGAAAAUAUUUUAAAUAAUGAAAAUAUUUAUAAUAAUGAAAACAUUUAUAAUAAUGAAAACAUUUAUAAUAAUGAAAACAUUCAUAAUAAUGAAAACAUUCAUAAUAAUGAAAACAUUCAUAAUAAUGAAAACAUUCAUAAUAAUGAAAACAUUCAUAAUAAUGAAAACAUUCAUAAUAAUGAAAACAUUUAUAAUCAUCAUAGUAAUGAUAGUAGCGGGGAAAAUAUUAGAGAUAGUUUUUCAAAGAACAAUAUUAAAAAUAUUAGUAAGGAUACUUAUAAAAUUAAUAAUAAUGAAAACAUAAAUAAUUUGGAUAAAAAUGUACCUAUUUAUGAUAAUUCUUCUAAUUCUAUAAAUAACUGCUCUUACUAUAUAAAUUCAAAAUAUGCAAAUAAAUCUUCAUCUAAUAAGGGUAAUAAAAUGAUUUCAAAACAUAGUACCCUGAAAAAUAGUUCUUGUAUAAAUAAUGAUAUAAAGAAUAUAAAAUUCUCAGAAAAUCCAGAAGAAAAUGCAAAAGAAUUAAAAAAAUUUAAUAAUCUUACUAGUUAUGUUAGAAGAAAUAGUAAACACAAAACAUCACCGGCACGUUCUAUAAAUUAUUUAAAACCACCUGUUAUGAAUUUAAUUAGAAAUAAUAUAUAUUUUAAUAGAAAUACCUUGGGUAAAAAUGAUAAGACAACUUUUUGUACAUCUAAUAUACAUAGUAGUAAUAAAAAAAUGAGAGAACAUAAAACGACCCAUUUUCUAAGCCCCAUGAAUAUUAUUGUAACAUCAUUAGAUACAGACGAUGAAGAUAAUAUUUCAGAUGAUAAUGGAAAAACGGAUGUUAUAAGUAGUUGUACACAAUAUGAAGAGGAAAGGAAAAAAGAUGAACAGAACAUAAAAACAGAGGAAGUGCAAUAUAUUGAAACAUAUAUGAAAGAUAAUGAUACUAGAGUUUUAUAUGAAUUAAAGAUUAAUAAAAAUGAUGAUAUUUUGUCUAAUCAUAAAACUAAUGAGUCUAUUUUUGAAAAGAAGGAUUUUAAAAAAUAUGAAGAAAUAUAUAAUAAUGAUUAUGAUCAUCAAAAUAUAAUAAAAACAGUUUGUUCCAAAAAUGAUAACAAUAUAGAUAAUGUUAAAAAUAUGAAAAGUGUAGAUAUUUAUGAUACUAAUAAAAAAAACUAUAAUCGAAAUUAUAUGAACAAUUUAGAUAAUGCUAAUAAUUUUGAUGAACCAACUAAUAAUACAUUUGAAAAAUAUGUUAAAAAAAAUGAAGGAGAAGAAUUAAUAUUUAAUGAUGAUCAAAAUAAAUUACAUAUUGAUACAUUUGAAAAAUACAAAUAUCUCAUUUGUGAAAAUAUUAAUAAUGACAAAUUUGUUAUAAAAAAUAAUCAAAUUACAACAUUUGAAAAGUUUUUGAAAAACCAACAAAAUUUUGAAAUAAAUAAUAAGUGGAGAGACACUCUUAAUAAAAUUAAAAGUCAAAAUAAUAGUAUGAGACAAUUCAUGCAACCUAAAAUAAAUAAUUAUAAUUUAUGUAAAUAUUAUGUAUGUAGUAAUAAUAUUGAACAAAUAAAAAAAGGGGCUUUAUGGAAUAAUACACGAUUGAUGGGUGAUAUUAUAAAAACAAAGAGGGAAAACAACAAUAUAUUAAAUGGGGAUAUAUUAAAUGGGGAUAUAAUAAAUGGAGAUAUAUUAAACAAUGAUAUAUUAAAUAAGGAUAUAUUAAAUAAUGAUUCAUUAAAUAAUGAUUCAUUAAAUAAUGAUUCAUUAAAUAAUGAUUCAUUAAAUAAUGAUAUAUUAAAUAAUGAUAUACCCAAUAGUGAUGUAUCUUCCAAUGUUCAUAAUAUUUCAUCGGAAUAUUUAAAUAAUAAUGAUAAGGAAAAUAUGAAAUUUUGUAAGUGGGGUCGAAACAUAUUUGCUAGAAGAUUAAGAGGCGCUACGUUUCCAGAAACGCAUGAUGAUAGACAAAAACAUUGUUUUUUAUUUAUUGAUGAUUAUUUAACAUCGAAUGAAAAUAAGUUUGAUAUUAUAAAUCAGAAUGUAAAAUUAAGAGCUUCAGAUUAUAAUAAAUGGUCUGUUAAUAUGUUAUAUAAUUUUCUUAAAAUGAUUGGAUUGAAAAAAGAAGCUUACUUAUUUAAAAUUAAUAAAAUUAGAGGAUAUCAUAUAUUAAAAUUAACUGAUAAAGAAUUGAAAAAAUUAAAUAUAAAUAAUAGUUAUGUUCGAAAAUUUGUUCUUUCUGUUUUUAGAUUCUUAACAAAUUCUAUAGAUAACGCAGAUCCUUUAUCAUUAAAUUAUAAUUCAAAUAAAAAAUUUUCAUUUAAUAAUAUCGAAAAUAUAUGUAAUACUCAUAUAACUAUUUUAAAUAAAAUUGGAGGAGGUAGCUAUGCUCAAGUAUUCCGUGCAAAAUAUAAAACCAUCCAUGUAGCUUGUAAAAUUUUUUUAUAUAAACCUAAAGAUUUAGCUGAAGAAAGUUAUUGUGAAAGUUAUAUAUCAACACCACGUUCUAGUCAUAGAUAUAUAUUUCCAAAAAUUAAUAAAAAUAUAAAUGGAGAAGAUUAUAAAAAUACAGAUAUGAAUAAUGAAAAACGAAAAGAUCAAAAUAUUUUUACGGAUAAUUUCCAUAUGGAUGAAUCCAGUUCUAUGCAACAUGUACCACAUGUUGAUGAUAUUAAUUAUAUUGAACAAGAAGAUAACAUUGAAAAUAAUACUAAAUAUAAAAAUAAAAAAAAUAAUAAUGAUAUAAAUAAUUCUUCAGAUACUUUACAAAGAAAUAAGAAAAUUAAAAAAAUGGCCAACUUGGAAAUAUUUCGUUAUUUUCCCACACCAGUAAAAUAUCGUAAUUAUGAAGCCAAAAUUUUAUAUUCCUUAAGAGAAUGUAAACAUGUUAUAAAAUUAAUAGGUGUUUGUAGUUUAAGAGAAGGAGAAGAAUCUUUAAUACUUCAACAUUGUCCAGGUGGUAGUUUAGAAAAAUAUAUAUAUAAAGAUGAAAAAAAAAAAAAUUCUCCUUAUGCUAAAUCUUUAACAAGACCCAAACUAGUUAAAAUUUUUCAACAAGUAGCUGAAGGAAUGUAUAAUAUUCAUACUAAUCAAUGUUUCCAUAGGGAUUUAAAAUUAUCAAAUAUAUUAUUAGAUGAAAAUCAAAAUGCAGUCAUAUCCGAUUUUGGCUUAUCUACAAAUUUUUCUUCAAAUGAUAGUCCAACAGCAUAUGCUAUUUAUGGAAAUAUAUUUUAUGCAGCACCAGAAGUUUUAAAAGGAGAAGGUUUUUUCAAAGAAUCAGAUGUAUGGUCAUUUGCUGUAAGUUUAUGGGAAGCUUUAACGAAAAAAAUUGCAUAUGAUGGAAUAUCAGCAUCAGAAGUCUUUUGUAAAAUAUCAUCAGGUGAAUUAUUUUUACCUAUUCCAAAAGAUAUUCCUAUGGAAUUAUCUGAACUUUUAAAAAGUAUGUUAGAAUAUGAUUUUACAAAAAGACCCCUUUUUAAUGUUAUAGCUAAAAAAUUAGAACAAAUAAGAAUUCAAGCUGAGGAUAAAUUACAUUUAGAUAUCAUGUCCUUUUUUGAUGGCUAA